UGACUCAUAUCGUACGUAUUACACCAACCUCACCACCAGGACAGCCAUUAUAAAACCUUUUUGGCCCGUCCAAAACUGUCAUUCGAGCCUUGUUGACGCCCCAUCUCAUCCUGUCCUCAUACCCAGACCCUCUUCUCACCCCGUUACCCUCCGCCCUUAAUCGACACAACAUGGAGCUCCCUUACACCACCGUCGACGUCUUCACCGACAAGCCCUUCGAGGGCAACCCGCUGGCCAUCGUGACGAUCCCGGCCUCAGUCUCCCUCACGCAGGAGCAGAAGCAGGCCAUCGCGAGAGAGUUCAACUACUCCGAGACGACCUUUGUGCAUGAGAUUGCUGACUCGUCUUCGUCGUCAUCGUCCGAGCGGCGCUUCGACAUCUUCACGACGCACGAGGAGCUCCCCUUCGCCGGCCACCCGACCGUCGGCACCGCCGUCUUCCUCAAGCCCCGCGGCGUCGACAAGCUGCUCGCCAAGGCCGGCCCCAUCGCCAUCGAGCACACGGCCGCCGACUCGGUCCGCGCCGCCAUCCCGCACAACACCCACCUCCACCAGAAGCGCCUCCGCGACCUCGGUCCGGGACCCCACAGCGACGCCGUCAAGCAGCUCGCCGACGCCGAGGCCGACGCGCCCGUCUUCAGCAUCGUCGACGGCAUGACCUUCGCCCUCAUCGAGCUGCCCUCGCUCGAGGCGCUGGCGCUGGCCAAGAUGGGGCCGAUGAACUUCCGCAAGCACGAGCUGCUAGACGAGGGCUGGCGCGACUCCUUCAUCACGCGGUACUACUUUGUGCGCCUCGGCGCCGAGACGCUCGAUGGUGGCCGCGUCGUGCACCGGAUUCGGACGCGCAUGAUCGAGCCGGACCUCGAGGACCCCGCCACGGGCAGCGCCGCCUGCGCGCUGUCGAGCUACCUGAGCCUGCACGAGCUGGCCGGGCGGGAUUUAGGCUUCGAGAUCACACAGGGCGUCGAGAUGGGCCGCCGGAGCAACAUCUACGUCGACGCGACGGUGGGCGAGGGGCCCGACGGCGCACGCAGGUUGGAGACGCUGCAUCUGGGGGGCAAGGCCACGAGGGUCAUGAGCGGCACCAUCUUUGUGAGGUGAAUU